AUGGAAUGUCUAGUUCUGCCAAAGCUCGCUGUUCAUCUGCCGACUAGCACCGUUGACAUUAGUGACUGGAGGAUUCCUGAACAUUUACCUCUGGCGAAUCCUCAGUUCAAUGUAAGCCACGGCAUUGACCUUAUCAUCGGAGCCGAGUUAUUUCCAUUCUUCUUUCAAGCAGAGCAACUCACAUUGGCAGACAAUUUGCCUAUGUUUUACAAAACAUCGUUAGGCUAUCUCAUAGCUGGUACAGUUCCAACAAAUGCCGUGACACCCACAGCAUGUCUGGUAUCUACACUGGAUUCCUUAGACGCUCAAGUGAAGAAAUUUUGGCAAGUCGAAGACUUCGAUCAAGGGAAGGCUCUCACUCCUGACGAGCUACAUUGCGAAAAUCAUUUCCAAACUACUCACAGCCGUACUCAAAGCGUGCGCUACAUCGUGCGGUUGCCGAUUCGCAGUGAGAUACUACAAAAGAUCGGUGAUUCCUGGCCCGUUGCCGCCCGCCGAUUUACUGCUUUAGAAAGACGAUUGCAAACGAACGAAUGCUUGAAAACAAGUUACACUCAAUUCAUGAACGAAUAUGAAGAGCUUGGCCACAUGAAAGAGAUGAAGACUCGCGUCGCGUUGCCCCAGUUUUUUCUGCCCCAUCACGCCAAUCAUCGACCCGACUCGACAACCACAAAAAUAAGAGUCGUGUUCGACGGUUCAUGUAAAGACAGUAACGGUAUUGCGCUAAACGAUCUACUCUUUACUGGACAGUACAGCCAGCUUUAUUAUCCAUUAUUAUCAAUUUUCGUAUACACCGCUACGUCAUGA